AUGCCAAUGUGGCUCCACUCUCUUAUUUGCCACCCUUGUGUUAAUUUUAGCGCGCGCAAUUUUUAUUUUCAUUUUUGUUACGACUUCCGGCAAAUGAAGGCUGUUUGUGUCUCCCGAUUGUGUAACCGACACGGAAUGACAAUCGUGAGAGAUUUAAAAAGGUACACGUUUUAUGAUGUCGAAUCACGUGUUGUAUUGGAUGCUUCGAUACUCCAGUAUGUAAGGGAGCUGGAAGUAUUACUGCAAAACCCAAACGUUCGUGGAAAUCUCGAUCCUACAAUGCGGUUACCUGUAGUAGACGAAGAUUCUACAGUUGGAGUCCUUCUUAAAAGAAUGAAGAAUCAAAUCAAAGCUGUAUGUGUCCUCUCCGACGUUGUCUACAUUGAUCCGCCGGCAAAUCCGAAUGAAAAUGAUACUAUAGCGAGGGCUCGUAGGAUUGUGAAUUUGUUAUACGACGCGAUAAGCCCCCCGUCCUCGGCUUGUGGCUCUGGAUAUCUCCUUAGAAGACUAAAAAGACAAGUUACAGCUGUUUGUGUCCUUACCUUCUUAUUUUUCGUAUGUAUGGUAUUUCGACAAUAA